UGACACUAUUGCAAUAGAGGAGCAGACCAUGGAGAGCAGACAGGGCAGGUUGUCAGCUGCCAGUGUCUUCACUGACUGAAGCUAGCACGGCUUAACACCCGCCGGCGGCGACAGGCUACCUUCAUUCACAUUACCUGUUUGCUGUGUUUUUUUAAAACGCAUUUGUCGUAAAGAACAGGGCACCGGGAGUAGUACGUAGUGCAGCGUUGAUUUUAUUAUAGUGUUCUCUUGCAGUCACUGCACCAGUGUUGUUUGUCCACACCUCAAGAGGGAAACUAUCUACGCUGCCUCGACUGAAAAGAACACACCUUCGCCCAGAAGCAGUCACAUCUGCACACAGAAGCUAACAGCGGGAUAGUUAGCUAAGUUGGUUGCGUAAAACGAACUUUGUUGGUACUGUAAUUUAACUCAACUGUGGAUACCAGGCGUAUUUAAACAGGGGGGGAUACUUUCUGACCAAAGAUACUGCAAAUCUAAGUGAUUCGCUGUGUGGAGAACUCUCCGAGCAGCCAGUAGAUAAACUGCGGUAUGAUGCUUUGUGUUCAUACAGUGCAAAAGUUAGCUAACGUCUAGCUAGCAAGCAGCUGCACUAGUCUAAACGUGACUCACUGGCGGUGGAUGAUGAAUGUAACGUAUCGCAACAUCGGGUGUUGCCUGGCCGUCCCUCCUCCAACUGGAACACCGGCGAUGACUCGCCCGUGACAGGAGAAAACAUCUAAUAUCGUCUCCUGCUGUCACGUCUGUGGGGAAAAUCUACCAAAGCAUCGACUGUAUUUGACAGCCAACGACAGUAUGAUGGGAUCCCUGAGGGCUCUGCAGGAGUGGUGUCGGAUACAGUGUGAACAUUAUGACAAUGUGGAAGUAAAGGACAUGUCCUCGUCCUUCAGGGACGGUUUGGCAUUCUGUGCCAUCAUUCAUCGUUACAGACCAGAUCUCAUAGACUUUGGUUCGCUGUCCAAAGAAAAUGUAUACGAGAACAACCGCCUGGCAUUUGAAGUGGCUGAGACCCAGCUGGGGAUUCCCGCCCUGUUGGACCCAGAGGACAUGGUGUCCAUGAAAGUGCCUGACCGGCUCAGCGUCAUUACCUAUGUCUCCCAGUAUUACAACUUCUUCAACAACAAGUCUUAUGCAAACCCACCUUGCAUGAAGAGGCCGAGUGCUGCCGGUCAUAAUGAGCCAGUCCAGAAAAAGCCCCUGACCCCUUUGGAAGACAAAGAGGUCGAGUCUGAGCCAAGCCCGCUGGCACAGAUCGACGCAGCAGCGGUCAGACGCAUCGCACUCAGCAGCACCUGUGCCGCCUGCCAGAAGCACGUCCACCUGGUGCAGAGGUUUCUGGUGGACGGCAAGCUCUACCAUCGCAACUGCUUCAGGUGCACAGAGUGUCACAGCACUUUGCUCCCUGGAUCGUACAAAUUGGGGAGCGACUCUGGAGCGCUGGUCUGCACACAUCACCUUUCAAGGCGUGCUUUAGCUAAUCAAAAUGGCCGACCAGAUCUUAGCAAGAAACCCGUGGUAGCUCAGUCUGCCAGGGUUGGUCGCAGCCCCACUCCUCACACCUCGCUCUCUCAAAAGGACCAGACUAAGACUCCAUCCCCAUCGGGCCGAACAGAUUCCGGUGACAUGCCUACAAGUGACUCUUCCUCAGUCAGUCCUGUUGCAGCAAAUACAGCAGAUGCUUUGGAACAAGCAAAAGACUUGGACGGUAGUGAACCAGCAGAGGAGACGCCGCGUUCUUCUUCUCCUCCCAAUCCUUUUGACGAGAGCGACGAAGAGGACGACGAGGGAGAGAAGAUCGAAGACGCUCAGGCACCAGCGACACAUACACCCAAUGGGGAUCUUCCUUCUACACCUGUCAAUCAUAAUGAAGGCCUCACUCGGCCUGUGCCAGUGCCAGCACCGCGCAGAGUUUCUGAACCCACUCCUCCUCCUCGCCCUGCCCCGAGGGUUCGGCUACACCGGACAACAGACAGCCUUGCUGUCGGUGGAAAUCUGAAGCCUCCAACUCCUCCCAAACCUCGAGAAAGAUCACUGUCUCCUGGAAGCCUGUCCAGUGGCACUCAUAAACCCAAAGACCCACCUUGGCUCGCCCUGGUUCAGUCAGAAUCCAGGAAGAAGAAAGCCCCUCCCCCUCCCGGCUUGGCAACACCUCCCAAUAUAGGCUCUCUGUCCUCUCUCAAAGGGGAAGGCUCCAGACCCAGUACACCCAAUCCACCCGCCAACCCUUUUGAGGAUGACGAUGACGAUGAAAUUAACGAAGGAGAGGAGGAAGAGGGGGCCGAAGGCGGUGAGAUUCCAGCCAUACUGGCAGUGAGUCACCCAUGGUACAGCAUCACGCGUGCAGCGGACACAACAGGUGAUGACACUCCCCCUAGUGGAGGAAGCUCAUCCUGCUCUGCCAGCCCCAGGAGUGCGAGGAGCAAGAAACGUCCAGCACCCCGAGCACCGCAGCCACCUGCUGGGAGCCAAGUUCUUCCAUACUCUCAGCCCUCCUCUUGCUCUCCCUCUCCAGCUCUCAGCAUAGAGAGUCUGUCCUCAGGCUCAGACCACAGCUCCUCCCAUCCCCCCUUGGGUGGCAGUACCAGCAGCGACCAAGAACACGCCUUCACCAAAAGUGUCUCGGAGCCGUCCAUCUGUUCACCAUGCGACCCCACAGCCUUGCCUUCCUCUUCCUCAAACGAGCUUCAUCUUUCCCCCAGCCCAUUUCCUUCUCCGAUGUCAGCAAAUGCCAGCUCAGCCCCGGCCACCCCACAGACCAGUCGCAGUUCAGGAACUAAAGGGGCCGGAACCCCUCCACCGCGACCCCCAGUGAACCCAAGCCCUCUGGCCUCAGGGGCAACACAGUCGCACAACAAGCGGAUCUGUAAGGAGAACCCGUUCAACAGGAAAGCUUCUCCCUCACCGGCUAAGUCUAAAACCAAACCACCCAAAGGCUCACGUCCUGCCAGACCCCCGGCGCCUGGUCACGGCUUCCCACUGAUCAAACGCAAGGUGCAGUCGGAUCAGUUCAUUCCCGUGGAGGACAUCCACGGUGAGAUGGUUCAGCUGGAGAAGCAGCUGGAUGAGAUGGAGCACAGAGGAGUGGAGAUGGAGACGAAGCUGAGGGACAACCCCAACGAUGAGGACGAGGAGCGACUGUUGGUGGACUGGUUCACGCUGAUCCAUGAGAAACACCUUCUAGUCCGACGAGAAGCAGAGCUGGUUUACACAGCCAAGCAGCAGAACCUGGAGGAGAGGCAAGCUGAUGUGGAGUACGAGCUGAGGUGUCUUCUCAACAAACCAGAGAAAGACUGGACGGAGGAGGACAAAAGCCGGGAGCAGGAGUUGAUGGCUGAGCUGGUGACCAUCAUUGAGCAGCGGAACCAAAUCGUCAAUAACAUGGACCAAGACAGGCAGAGGGAGGAAGAGGAGGACAAAAUCGUGGAAGCCAUGCUUAAGAAGAAAGAUUUCCACAAGGAGCCAGAGAGCGACCAGCACAAGAAGAAAGGGGCAAAGUUCAAACCCAUGAAGGCGCUGAAGAGGCUGAGCCACAAGGGCGAACCAGGAAAUAGCCCCAGCCCUCGCAAGGAGAAAAGCUGAAGGACACACACUCGCAUCCUCCUGCUCCUCCUCCGAGAGGACAUCGGACUGUUUUAACCAGAUUAAACAAAAGAAUGAAACUGGAUGUGAGGAAAAUUAAAAACCACCAGGUGACAAAGAUGA